AGUCACUGUACGUGAACGUCGCAGGAACGCAGGAACAUUCACGUGUAGUUCAAUGGAGGCAAGAGGAGCAUCCAAGUGCGUGGAAAAGAUGGAGAAAGAAGUGUCGUCUCAGAAGCGACAGUAUUGCCGAGCGACAGUGCUGAACGUUAUCUCGUCGUUGUGCUCAGUGGCGUCCAUCGCCUUUUGCAUUCUCCUGAGCGUUAACACAGCUGAUGUCAAGAACCGGGUUGUGGAUUUGGAGGGUGGGAAUGGCGAGCACACCUUGAUCCGCGCUCCUGGCUACUCCAUGGAUGAUUUUAAUUCGUUGAUUGACCAACGAGUGGAUGAGGCGCUCUCUCAGCGCUCCUAUGAAAAUUUUGUCAAGAUUCGGACUGCAAGACAAGCAUCACCUGAAUGCAACUGCCCUCCAGGACCUCCGGGAAAGCGAGGACGAAGAGGCCGUAAUGGAGAGCCUGGACCUCCUGGCCCUUCAGGUACCAAGGGUGAAAAGGGGGAUCAAGGCGACCAGGGACCACGGAUGGUCUUCCCUAAGAUCAAUCAUGGCUUUCUUUCCGCUGACCAGCAGCUCAUAAAGCGACGGCUCAUUAAGGGAGAUCAAGGGCAAGCCGGGCCUCCAGGGCCUCCAGGGCCACCGGGCCCUCCUGGGCCGAGGGGGCCUCCAGGGGACACAGGGAAAGAUGGACCCAGAGGUGUACCCGGUCUGGCAGGUGAUCCAGGGCAGCCUGGAGAAACAGGAAUAAUGGGACCUGAAGGGCCACAAGGGGAGAAAGGUUCCCUCGGGCCUCCUGGCAACCCAGGUGUUGAUGGACUGAAGGGGGAUGUUGGCAUCCCAGGAUUGGACGGUGUCCCCGGAGCCAAGGGUGAAAUGGGAGAGCGAGGUGAAAAGGGCGAUAUGGGUGAAGAUGGACCGAAAGGUGAUAUAGGGGAGAAGGGAGAUGCAGGCUCCUCUGCAGCAGGCAUCAAGGGUGAACCUGGAGAGCCUGGACGAAGUGGACUAAAGGGAGAGCCAGGACUUCCAGGGCUGCCUGGACUCCCAGGGAUAAAGGGUGAGCCUGGAUACCUCGGCCCCCAGGGAGAGCCAGGGCUUCCAGGACUCCCAGGAACUAAGGGAGAGAAAGGCGACCACGGGCCACAAGGGAAGGGUGAGAGAGGAGAACUUGGACCCCUUGGACCAAAGGGUUCACAAGGAGAGUCUGGUACACCCGGUCCUAGAGGCUCAAAGGGGGAGACUGGAGAUAAAGGAGAAAUUGGAUCUUCUGGCCCGAAGGGCCCUCCUGGACAGAAAGGAGACCAAGGAGCCACUGAAAUCGUUGACUACAAUGGAAACAUUCAGGAGGCUUUACAGAAGAUAACCACAAUAACAGUAACGGGUCCUCCUGGACCUCCUGGGCCAAUCGGACCAGCGGGUAUAAAGGGGGAUCGUGGUAUGCCCGGUCUACCUGGACUCGAUGGUGAAAGAGGCUACAAAGGUUCCAAAGGUGACAUGGGAAUGCCUGGAGCUUCAGGGGAGAAAGGAGCAACCGGUUUAACAGGCCUACCUGGUGUCAAUGGCGUAAAAGGGGAUAAGGGAGAUUCAGGUCUGCCUGGUCCUCAAGGUUCUUCAAUCGUCGGCACUCCAGGGUCAACAGGGCCCCAUGGACCCCCAGGACCCAUGGGCCCCCAUGGUUUCCCUGGACCAAAGGGGGAACCUGGUUUGCAUGGUGUGAAGGGUAUUCGAGGAGAAUCGGGCCACAAAGGGGAUCGUGGACCACUGGGUCUCCCGGGAGCCUCCGGCUUGGACGGCAAGCCCGGAAUUAGGGGCAUGGACGGGCCUACGGGUCCAGCUGGUCCAGCUGGACCAAAGGGUGACAUAGGUGAGAGAGGAGCACAAGGCGAACCAGGACCGAGGGGACCUUAUGGACUACCUGGAGCUACUGGAACACCGGGCUUGGAUGGGUUGCAAGGCUUAAGGGGAGAGAAAGGCGACGUUGGGGAAAGAGGAGAAAAGGGGGAGAAGGGAAAGAAGGGCAAAAAAGGGCCUAAGGGCGAGAAAGGAGAACAGGGUGCCCCUGGAUUAGAUGCACCCUGCCCAUUGGUAUGUCCCAAGCUGGAAAAUCGCCCCCAGCCGCGUAGAGCAGUGGUUCCCAAACAAGAGAGCGCCCUGUGGCUAAACAGAUACCCAGCGUCCACCAAACCAUAG